CUUCGCAACCAGCCAAACAUCCGUUGACGUUAAUAAUAAAUAGCCAAAGCUCUCAGAUUUUUCCUUCCACUCUACAUCAGAUUUUCUCCACGAAAAAGUUGGGAGCGAUGCGAUGUUUCGAGUUGUACGGUCUUGGGGCCUCGCCAACGUAAUAUUAUGUGUUCUUUUAACAGCGUGGCCCCUAAAGACAAAUGGAUAUACCCUACCGCUUGAUAAAAACGCCGGAAAAGUCUUCACCAACGGAUGGGCGAUAAAGGUGGAGGGCGGUAUUGAAAUUGCCAAAAGAAUCGCAAGAUCUCAUGGAUUUGACAAAGUUGAACCGGUGAGUGCUAGGUAGAGAAUCGGGGUCGUAAUGAUUUUUGCCCAGCAUGUUUUGAAGGGCUGACAAGUACUUGCCGGUCUUAUUUGAUAUAGAAUUCCAUUAUUAUGUUUUCUUUACCCUGCCUAGCUUAAACACUGGCCACCCGGCAGGUCAGACAAAUACUCGGUCAAUAAAUCUCGUUAUUCCCUAGUCGUGUUUUUUGAUUUGUUAUAAAAUAAAUCCCAUUUUUUCAAGAGUUGAAAGCAAUAAAUUCAUACUUUGUGCCUUUUAUACGAAAAAACUGUCUACUUUCUUGGAUAAAUUAUCAAGGGAUUUUGGGUUGCCACAAGUUUACUGGUAAUAAACGUUGUGAGCUGGUUGAUUGGGACAUGAUGUUUCCAAGGGUGGAAACCAAUAACGCCACAUGUCGAAAUAAAGGCCCAAGUGUAUACUCUCAGUUCAGUAAGUGGAAAUAACUUUGCAGGCCAUCAAUGUAACACGAAAUCUGUACUGGGAAGAGAGAAUCAGUUUUCUUCCCUCGGAUUUAAUAAGCUUUUUUAUUCGGUGACUUCAUUACGGUUGUCCGACAGUUCUUCAAUGUUGUCACUCGUUCAGUGACGGCAAGGCGUUGUUGACAGGUUUAAAAACUCACAAUUUUAGAGUUCCAGAUUCCACUUGUAAGUUAAAAAAUUUUUUUGCAUGCGAAUUUUCCUUUGAAAAUUAAUGGGAAUUUUUAAUUGACUUUGUUUCGCGAUACAUCAAUCUUGUCAUGUCAUAUGUGUUAACAUUGAGCAAAGACAGGUUAUUUACCCACUAAACGAGGAAAAAUGCUUGAAAUAAACUAAAAUUGAUUCAAAAACCUCACUCAGAUUUGAACUGACUGCUUUUUCAUGCUUUUAGGAUAAACAUAUUUUUAAAGUUGUUCUGAUGUUUUGAUGAACAUGAAGGCAUUUGAAGUUAUACAAUGGUAGAAAGAUUGUUCUCCAGCCGUUCAACAAUACAUAUUGAAAACGUUACAUGAACAAAAAAAAACAAGCAUUGUAGUAUUCUCCAACAAACUAAGAUCAUGGAUAUGGAAGAUUGAUAGCGCUUAUUUGAAAUUUUUUGUGCGUUCUGAUUGACAUAUGACCUAGAAGAGACGCCUCCGGCGUACAUUUGAUUUUCUUUUAGUACCAUUGCCGGCUUGCAGUGACUUCAGUGACAGUACUAUACUGGUGUAUAUGUGUUAGGUAGACAGAUCAUCGCAUAGAGACCUGCAGGGUUGUCUUACAGGAAAGAUAAUGAAGUUGUACCAUAGCAAAGUAUAAUUGCUUGGUUUAGCAACAGUUUAUUGAAAAUAAAUCCUAGUCGUGUUUUUUGAUUUGUUAUAAAAUAAAUCCCAUUUUUUCAAGAGUUGAAAGCAAUAAAUUCAUACUUUGUGCCUUUUAUACGAAAAAACUGUCUACUUUCUUGGAUAAAUUAUCAAGGGAUUUUUGGUUGCCACAAGUUUACUGGUAAUAAACGUUGUGAGCUGGUUGAUUGGGACAUGACGUUUCCAAGGGUGGAAACCAAUAACGCCACAUGUCGAAAUAAAAGCCAAGUGUAUACUCUCAGUUCAGUAAGUGGAAAUAACUUUGCAGGCCAUCGAUGUAACACGAAAUCUGUACUGGGAAGAGAGAAUCAGUUUUCUUCCCUCGGAUUUAAUAAGCUUUUUUAUUCGGUGACUUCAUUGCGGUUGUCCGACAGUUUUUCAAUGUUGUCACUCGUUCAGAGACGCCAAGGCGUUGUUGACAGGUUUAAAAACUCACAAUUUUAGAGUUUCAGAUUCCACUUGUAAGGUAAAAAAUUUUUUUGCAUGCCAAUUUUCCUUUGAAAAUUAAUGGGAAUUUUUAAUUGACUUUGUUUCGCGAUACAUCAAUCUUGUCAUGUCAUAUGUGUUAACAUUGAGCAAAGACAGGUUAAUUACCCACUAAACCAGGAAAAAUGCUUGAAAUAAACUAAAAGUGAUUCAAAAACCUCACUCAGAUUUGAACUGACUGCUUUUUCAUGCUUUUAAGAUAAACAUAUUUUUAAAGUUGUUCUGAAAACACAAAAACGUUUGGUUGUUGUGGAGAUUUGAUGAACAUGCAGGCAUUUGAAGUUAUACAAUGGUAGAAAGGUUGUUCUCCAGCCGUUCAACAAUACAUGUAGAAAACGUUACAUGAACAAAAAAAAACAAGCAUUGUAGUAUUCUCCAACAAACUAAGAUCAUGGAUAUGGAAGAUUGAUAGCGCUUAUUUGAAAUUUUUUGUGCGUUUCUGAUUGACAUAUGACCUAGAAGAGACGCCUCCCGCGUACAUUUGAUUUUCUUUUAGUACCAUUGCCGGCUUGCAGUGACUUCAGUGACAGUACUAUACUGGUGUAUAUGUGUUAGGUAGACAGAUCAUCGCAUAGAGACCUGCAGGUCUUACAGGAAAGACAAUGAAGUUGUAUCAUAGCAAAGUAUAAUUGCUUGGUUUAGCAACAGUUUAUUGAAAAUAAAUAAAUGGUAUGUUUAUGGAAACUUAUGUAGCCAGGCAAUUUUAUGCGUCAGUCGUAUUUUACCAAAAACCUGGUAGGUGAUAGAAAUUAAAACAGAUAUCUUUAUUUCUGAAUAUGCAGAUUGGUACCUUGGACAAUUUUUUCCACUUGGUGCAUUCUGAAGAGCCACAUCGCUCAAGACGGAGUGCAGAUGAGCGGACUCAGUUGUUGAUAGAAGAUCCUCAAGUACUUACUUAGUAUUUAACACUUUUUAGUUCUACUAUGUUUUCACCAAAAAUUUUCCUUAUUCGAGCGAGCUUGCCCACUCGACGAGGCGGGUGUUUACACAGGCCCCCUAGAACGAAGAAUCGCUUGAAAAACAGCUAUCGUGAAAUUAACUAACUCUUUUGCUAUUCUUUAAUUAUACUUCUUUUCCCUGAGAUGAGAAGAUUUGAGAACUUAAAAUGACCGUGAUGUUUUUUAACUUGUUUUAGUUUUCUAAACUUUUAUAAUUAUCAAUGUCAGUUUGUAUAAUAAUAAUAAUAAUAAUAAUAACCUUUCUAAUGCAGGUUAUGUGGGCGGAACAACAACAUGAGAAAAUCCGCGUGAAGAGAGGCCACUUCCAUGACCGAAUGACAGCGAGGGGAAUUGUUCCUCGUUUUAAUGAUCCUCUCUGGGACGGUCAGUGGUAUCUGGUAAGGUGGUUGAACAUUUUUUUCUGUCUGGAAACUUCAUGUCUCACAAUACUUGAUACGCUGAUUGUGUACUCUUUUUUAACUGGAGCUUCCCUCUUUUAAGCAUGUUUGAGGGGGCAUCACUAUCAAAUUAAGUCGUUAAUGGGUUUGGUAUAUCUUACAAUCUUGAUGUAACAGAUCUCUGUGUUCAUAUUUAUUUUGUAAUUACGAGUUCUUUACGUAUCCAUGAAACAAUAAGCAAAUUGAAAUUGAACUGAUUUUAAUUUGUUUCUUCGCCAAACUAAUUUGUAACUUACAUCACCCAACCACAAAAUUACUGAAAAGAUUGACAGAUCUGUAAGUACAGAGAAGCGUUUGAAGGUCUUCAAUUAAUAAACUCGCAGUUCAACGUGUUUUAUCAUUUCUAAAAACAUUAAGUUACGUGUUGGUGUUUUUAAACUUGAUUGUUAAACAGUUGAUAAUACUUUUAUAUUUUAACCUAUAAACAUUCCUUUCAUAAACUCAGUACCUUUCGAAGUCGAGUUAAAAUAUUCGAUGUGUUUUUACACAGGAUGAUAAGCGUGCAGAUCAAGAUCUUGACAUACACGUGCUUCCUGUCUGGAACCAAGACAUCACCGGAAAGGGUGUGGUCGUUACCAUUCUGGAUGAUGGUAGGUUACCAAGCUGACCAGUUACGAGAGGCUGCUAUGGCAUCCUCAUGUUUUAAGUUGCGCUUCACGGCAUUUGGCGGUAUAAUUAGUCGUUAAUGUUCAUUUCCACACUUUUGUUUGAAUCACUUUUCAAUUAGAAGUGACUGGUUCACGGCAUUGCCGAAGGAAAUCAACACUGUAGUAAGUCAUCACUAAACAGAUUCAUGUACUGUCCUGAUCAAUAAUCUAAACUAAUUACUUUCCUCUUCGUUAUAUCAAAAGGGAUUGAGCACAACCAUACGGAUCUCAUCCGAAAUUACGUAAGUAGAAAUUAGUCUUACUUUGAUAUUAAAACUUUAGAAGAUAUGAUCAGUAAAGUGAAUUCAUUUUCACAGGAUCCUGAUGCGAGUUGGGACGUAAAUGGUGAGGAUGGGGAUCCAUUUCCUCGCUAUGAUCCAACAAACGAAAAUAAGUAAGUCUAUUAGAAGGCAGAAAAUUAUAACAUAUUCCAGCACUGAUAGAUAUACAUCAUGGAUUAAUUGAGGCAGUCAAGCCGUUCUUGUUCCUUUGCGUCAGAACGCUUGCAAAUUUAGAAGCAAAUUGGUGAAUGCCGGGUCCUUUAGUCAGCCUUACCAUGGGCUUCUGCCCUUUCUUCAAGUACUUCUUAAUUUCAUCGUAAUUAAACAGUCUUUCGUUAAUCAAUAGCUCACGUACUUCCUAAAUGCAUCCGAAGUGCAACUAACUAGCACUAGUGAAAUUCCUGUAACUUGGACGAAAUCCUGUUAAUUGACUUCUUGGCUGCUGGACUACGAUUUUCUUUGGGGAGAAACCACGCGUAAAGUGCAGCGUUUUGAGUCGUCAAUACCACCGAAGUCAUGCAGUCAUUGUUUUUCACAGUGUGACCGUUGUUACCUCUGUUUUAUAGGCAUGGUACCCGCUGUGCGGGAGAAGUUGCAGCUCAAGCGAACAAUUCAGUGUGCGGAGUGGGUGUGGCCUACAAUGCAAAGAUAGGAGGUGAUAUAUUCUCGCAUACGAAUCAACUCGGUAGAUAGUGACUGGGAAUCUACUUGGCAAGUGAAAUUAGAGAAUAAAAGAGAAACCUAGCAUACCUCUAAGAAUAUGAAUGAUCGGGAACUAUCUUUACAGCUACAUGAGUGACAUGGUUAAACUCUUUGGGAAAACAAUUUUGAGAUCUUUAGGAAGUGAUUUGUAAGUCACUGCGACAAAAGCAAAAUUUUAGCGAGUAACUUCGCCAACAGGCCGCCUGGUCUUUGUUUUGAAAUCAGGAAAAGGUUGCUGGGUAUUCUUUGGGUUUAUUUAGAUUCUUUUUAAACGUUAUUUUGCGUUUAACCAUUAAUUCCUGGUCGGGAAUUCGAGAAGGAUUUAUUAUCAGAUAUAAUACUUCCAUUGGUCAAUUUCGUCAUUUCAACUAACCGUUUUUACGCAGGAGUACGUAUGCUCGACGGACGUGUGACUGAUAAAGUGGAAGCUGCCUCAUUGAGCCUCAAUCCUCAGUUCAUCGAUAUCUAUUCUGCCAGUUGGGGGCCUAGUGACGACGGAGCCACGGUCGAGGGACCUGGGACUUUGGCUGCUGCUGCGUUUGAAAAUGGCAUCACGAAGGUACUGCUUGCACUGAACUUUAUCAUGCACAGACAUCCCAAGCUUUCUGUUACUGUACCUAUUACGCUUAUUAAGACAAAAGCCUUUAAACAGAUUUGGUCGGGCGUCAAACCUUUAAUUCUUUACUUCUUUGGAAUGAUUUUUAAUUUAAUAAACGGGCAGGAAAAAUAAGGACCCAUCUAGCAUCUCAUGACGGCUUUCAAAAUCUAUGCAUUGACUGUAACAUGGAGGAUUAACUAGCCUGUUCCAGAUGUUCAGAUUGUGGAAGCGAAUUAAAUUACGAGGGGAAAACGAGGAGAAAAACGGGGGUGGCUGGGGCGAGAGUAGUCUCGCCGCCUUGUUUUUCUUCCACGUCAAUUUUUUCGCCCGCGCUCAAUUAACUGAACGCCUGGAACAGGCUAAGGUAUAAUCGGCUUAUUUCAGAAUUGAAACAGUAGACUUCAAGCAGUAGAAUUAAUCAUUAUUCAAUAAACAAACCAUCAGUCAAAAAUGAUGCUUAUGUCUUUCCUUGUGUUUAAAUUUAAAGGGUCGCGGUGGGUUAGGCUCCAUAUUUGUCUGGGCGUCAGGUAAUGGUGGUCGACAUGAAGACAGCUGUAACUGUGAUGGAUAUACAGACAGUAUUUAUACGCUGUCAAUAAGUUCCGCUUCUGAUCACGGAGAAUCACCCUGGUAUUCAGAAAGCUGCUCUUCAACUCUGGCUACUACCUUCAGCAGUGGGGCGCACGGAGAAAAAAGAAUUGUGAGUUGUCCUGCAAUUUUAGAUAAAUAUGUUUAUCUUUAAAAAAAUGUUAAAAUAUACAUCCUUUAACGCUCUAACUUCUUUUACAAGAAGAAAAAAAUCGAUAAUUUUGCGAUAUCGCCGGUAGUUUUCUGGUUUCCAGUUGCUCACAACUUAGGAAAUCGGUUCAAAGGGUGUUUCUGGCUUUAAUCAGGAAAAAUGGAAAGACGUUUGAAUAUGCAUGUGCAAUUAAAGCUGCUUUUAGAGCUUUUUUUGUCUUUUUAGGUAACAACAGAUUUACAUAACGUGUGCACUGAAAGACACACGGGAACUUCAGCGUCGGCACCGCUGGCUGCAGGCAUCAUAGCGCUUGCGUUGGAGGUCAAGUAAGAAGCAUGCUUGGUAUCACUUUAUAAAAUCUGUUAUAAGUUGCACCCACUGUGCACUUUAUGAUUGGUUCACUUACGAUUCCUGAUUUCCAUAUAAGAAAAAAUAUAAUAGUUCCUGGCUGCCAGAGACUUUUUCAUGCCUGGUUUCCGGUUUUCGUCAAGUCUUUAGGAUCUGUCGAAACAUCCUGCCGCUCGCGAGAAAAAAAAAACCCUCUGGUGCCCAAGGUAACUGAUCACCUCAGUUGUCUGAAAAUGUGUUCAAGCGAUCGAAAUGAUCAUGGACGUCACGUGGAACCCCUCUAAUGUGAUGCAGGUUGAUUCGAACGAUCCGUGGAGUUACCGCAAUCGCCUGGUUAAAACUUAUGUCUAAUAUGGGAUGGUUAUGAGAUAACCGGUCGAAUAGUCUCGUUCGUUCCAGUCACAAAACAGGAGGCCACCUGGGCCGAGUUGUUCGAAAGAUGAUCAGCAUAAAUCCAGGUUUAGUUACCUUGGCAACUCAUAUGUUCUGUUUGUACGUAAUCCAGGAUUACAGCUAAGCCUGCUUCGAACAACUAUUGGGUUUUAAAAAACUCCUUAAACUCUUAACUUUAAAAGUCAUAUUUACGACAGUACUGAUCUGUAAAGAAGGGUUUAGAAACCUAACUUUGAAUAGUGCUACAAUACGUCUUCUCCAGCCUACGCUGACUGAUUCAAAUUUGGGGGGGGGGAAGGGGAACCGCAACCAAUUAUUAGCGCCGCCCAAGGUCGUUAAUUUUAUGAGACAGUUACCCACAGUGAAGUAUAAAAGAACAUAACCAUGUUGUAGGAUGUAUUUAAUGUUUUUGCUUGUUUGUUUUACAUAGCCCGCGCUUGACAUGGCGUGAUGUUCAACAUAUUGUAGUAUGGACAUCAAACUGGGAACCACUAAAACAUGAUCAGGACUGGAGCCCUAAUGGAGUUGGUCUUCAUGUCAACAGAAAGUUCGGCUUUGGUUUGUUAGUUGCAGAAAAGAUCGUUGAAUUAGCCAAACCUAAUACUUUUAAAACCGUUCCGGAAAAGACCAUUUGUAGAGGACAAAUAAACCAGGAUCGCAAGUGAGUUUUCAAAUCCUUUGCUUUUUCUUUGCUAUUAGAAGCAGUUUCUUCGUACUUGCCAGUGCUUUGUUUGUCAAAAUCUGUUCGAUACAUUUGUAUUUUUAUCCUCUCUUGAUUUUAUAUAGAAUUGUUAGAUAUUUUCGCGACAAAAUAGACAGAAGAGACAUGAACAUAAAGAAAACCAAACCAAAUAUAGACAAAUGACCAGAAAGCCUCGGAGUAAGUUAGAAUUUCAUAAUAUCGAACAUAAGCUAUUCGGUAAACACAUUAAACGAAAAAACACAACCGUAAGGGCGCCUCCUAUCUGCUCUAAGAACGAGUUCUUUAAUUCGCUUACGGAACAAUAUAUGAAUAACCCAAAAAAUGUUCUCAAAGGCUAAUGAAAAUAAAGGUUUCUGGGAGCUCCCUGCCUCCAUGGAGCAAAUUUAUAAGGAUCUAUGGUAUGCUGGGCAUUAAGCAACGCUAAUCGGAAGAAAUUAUAACCAGAAAUCAGAGCAAAGAAUACACUGUCGUUAAUUUCUCUCCACAGACCUAUUAAAUACAACGAGCCUUUGAAGAUAACGAUGCACUCUAAUGGUUGCUCAGGGACUAAGGCCGAGAUUCGCUACCUGGAACACGUCCAGCUCUUGCUUAGUUUGGAUUACUCUCGACGUGGGGAUCUUGUAGCAUACCUUACAUCUCCUAUGGGAACCAAAUCCUGCCUGUUGUCCAUUAGAAAAGAGGACCUUUCAGAUGAGGGCUUCACAAAGUGGCCUUUCAUGACUACGCACUCUUGGGGUGAAGAUCCCAGAGGUACAUGGACACUAGAAAUCAAGGAUCUCGGUGAUAACAGACCAAAUCAUGGCACUCUUACAGAAUGGCAGCUGAUUUUACAUGGGACUAAAGAGAAACCAAACCAUCAAACAAUUGCACACCCUGAUAAGCCACGUGACUCGGUUCCAGUUCCUGAGACGUCUCCUUCUAGCUCUCCUCAAGUUCCACGCGGACCAACCUACACGUUUGGGUCCAUUCCUGUGACACCAGAGAGUCCCGUGAAAUAUGUAGCACCACAAGUGGUGACAUAUACUGCUCCUCCUGCUCCAAACCCGGCCGUAUUGACUCUUGCUGCACAGUCGUUAGUACAACAGCAAGUUCAGAAACCACAGAGCAAUCAAUUUGUACCAAAUACAAAGCAGACGGUACAAGUUGGAAGAACUUAUCCCCAGCAAGCAAACAUAGCAGCAGAGUCAGUCUAUUCAGCCGUCCAACCUAUCCAUAGUAAUUAUAUUGUACCUUCAAAUUACCACGAAAAUCCAAUAGCCAACUACUAUCAUUAUACCAAUAGCCGAGGAUACUUGCCUCAAGUGAGAAACCCUGUGGUACCACAAGCCACUGAUCAGCUAGGAUUUCACCGAAUCAGUUGGAGCGAGGCUGCGGCGGCAGCGUACCGUAGUCGCUUACCAUUUAAUAAUUAUGCUAAUUAUCUACGAACACUGGGAAGGCGGGGGGCGGGAAGGGAUAUAGAACAUUUAAAAUCUAAGAAAAACAAGUUGAAAAGAACGUAGCAAGCGUAAAGAUUUAGAUGGGGUUUUUACGCAAUAUUCUGUAUAAAUAUUUGGAGUACUGAGUUAUCAUUACUUUUGGCAUUUUUUAUCUGUCUGUAAAACUUUCUGCGGGUCACAACCAUCGAUUGUGACAAUGUCCUUGCUGAACUCCAGUAUACGUGGAAAAGAACACAAGUGAUCGAAAGGAAUUUUGGAAGGUUAAGGCAUCAACUAAUUUCCUUAGUUCAGCUGGCUGGGCAGGAACUUAAUACUAAGAGUAAAUAUUUCAUGUAGUAGUUUUUUUUUCGCUGAAUUGUUCGUUUCCGAUGUUUAGAUUGAUCAUGUCUGACAAAAAGAAAUUCCAGCAAAGCCAUCAUAGAAGAUACCCAAUUUACAAAACUGUAAAAAUGUAAGGCUUUAGAAUUGAACUAAGGUCUUCCAGCAAAAACGUUACCCUCAUUUCAACAGUUUUUGUAUGGCAACCAUAGAAUAUAGUUGGUGUAAACGUGCUUUCUCUUCCUUUUUUGACUAAAGGUUGCAGUUCCAUUCAGCCUUCUUAUUGGUUAAAACUUGGCUCAAGAUGGAAGGAGUUUGUGAAUCAGUCAGCAAGUAGAGGGUCAGCUAGAAUGUCGACUUUUGUAUGCUCUUUAUAUAGAGUUUCUGAUUGGUUUAAUUCUACUAAAACCUAGUAGAAAUGUAUGCUUUUCUAAAUCUCUGUACCUUACAGUGUUUAUAGAGUUGCCAAUAACUUAAAAAUAGUGUAAAGUAAGAAAAGCAGUCUUGGAAAAUAGGUGAAUGACUAAAUCAAUUUAAUGUUUUGUAUCAAAUCAGAAAUGAACGUAGUUGUUAAUCUCAGUAUCUUGCCACAGAAAACCUAUAAAGGUUAUCAACAUUUCUGACAUAAAAAAAGAGAAGUUUAGAAAGGAAAUGUUGUUUUGUUCAUUAAAAGAAGGCAAAGAACUUUUCCAUGCAAAGCACUGGAACCUUUCAAACGGCCACCGUGUUAGACAGUUCAUUUUUGUACCAAUACAUUCAAAUUUUCUUAAAAUUAAAGGCAUCAAAGUAAAAGGCAUAGAAAGAGGCGAGAGACUUAGAUAAGCUUACCAUGACUGGCCUGAAAUUAGCCGAAAAAUUUCCCUGUAAAUAUUGAUGACCCUCCCAAAAUUACCGUGACAAAUUCACAGUUCUUGGUAAUUUCAAGGAACUACAAAUGACAAAAUUAAUGAUAGGACAAUAUUCCUCGGGGGGUUUUGCUGUAGUAAUAGUUCAAAGGGAUUUCAAAUAAAAAGGGAUAUUUCUU